UCCACAUUACCAUGCUGCAUACCCUACGACUUCGACCUGGAAUCGCCCUCGGCCGCACCGCAAUUUCGCGCUUUGUAUCAAGUUCUUCACGCAGACAACCUAUUUCCCAACUGCGCGCCAUUGAACUGGCCAUCCCGAGCCCAACUCGCCAAGCUGCAUCCACGUUGCGCUGGUUAUAUGCCGUCCUUCCAAUAGGUGUCCUUACGUCUGUGGAUACGUCGUCCUCGAAAUGCGCGGGAAAAAAAGACAACGACGACAACGACAACCUUUCGUUCGACCUGUCCAAGAUCCAAGCGUCCGUCGAAAAAGCAUUCGAACAUCUCCCGACAUCGUUCGACCAAGCUCAAAACCAUGUCAGCUUCCUUGGUGAGAACGCUGGUCAAAUCUCGUGGGGAUUUGGUCUGGGAGCAUGUUCUGGUUUCACGUUGAAGAAAGUGUCCAAGGUUGCUGCAUUCGUGGUUGGCCUCGCGUUUGUUGGGAUGCAGUGCGCGAGCUACAACGGCUAUGUCAACGUCAACUACGAGAAGCUGCAGCGCGACAUUAUGGCGCUUCUCGACACAAACAAGGAUGGCAAAAUCAACUCAGAAGACGUCAAGAACGCGUACGAUCAAGUGCUCAAGGUGCUCGAAUACAGUUUGCCCGCAGGAAGUGGCUUUGCCAUGGGCUUCAUCGUUGGUUUCAGAGCGGCGUAGGAGCCGCGUGCUUUCAAUUGGAAGUAGAUUUGUUUUUAGUCCCAGCUUAGCUGGCUCUGCGCUAUCGAUGGUGGAAGACCGGAAUUAAGAGGUUUCGGUAGAUUGCUUUCCACAUCCAAUUCUAGCUCCGACGGGCUGGACAAUUAAACAAAAAUAAGGGAAUUUCGGGCAUUCCUUACCAAGUCCCGAACUUGUCGUGACUCUGGUGCCCAGCGGCGUCGCAACGAUUCGACCUGGUCACGACCGUAGAGUCGAGUACAAGUUCGGGAUUAAGUCCACGAACGUCACGGCCGA